AUGAGUUCAGGCAUUAAAAACGCCGCUACAUCAGCAGCUCCAGUGGUAAAACGGGAUGUUAACAAAUGGUUAGCUCGCGUCCGUGAAUUUUUGAUGCUCAGAAAAUUCACUCACAAUCAACGUCAUGAAUUCGAAAUGGCUAAACGUACGCAACCAGCUCCAAUCUUGCCCGGUGGUUUUGCGCAUAAAUUAAGCAAAAAUUAUUACUUAGAUCGAGAUGCUCGUCGUGCAGUUGGACAACCACAAGUGGUUUUUUCAACUGCAACAAAUAAUCAGUUUCUCACUAGUGCUGCUCAACCACAACUGACUGCUGGUACACCAGGUCAAGCAGCACCGCAACAAGCUUCAGCUGCUACUACUUCGCCAUUUUUAUCUAUUACCGAAGCAGAAAAACAAACUGCUGCUCUUCUAGCAACUGCAAAGAAAACAUCAACUCCUAUUCGUACACCUGGUCAAGUCUAUAAUUGGGAUGGUUAA